AGCUUAUUGUGAGGUAGUCUACAGAGCAUCGCGCCAUUUUAUUCCACAGCAGAGUGGUGGAUAGUAGUUUUUUUAUAGUGUGAAUUCGUUUAUUUUUAGUUUUUGAAAAGAAAAAUGGGAAGAAAGAAGAAGAAGCAGCUGAAGCCGUGGUGUUGGUACUGCAACAGAGACUUCGACGAUGAGAAGAUCCUUAUUCAGCAUCAGAAAGCCAAACAUUUCAAAUGUCACAUAUGUCACAAAAAGCUGUACACGGGACCCGGCCUGGCCAUACACUGCAUGCAGGUGCACAAGGAGACGAUAGACGGAGUUCCUAACGCAAUACCUGGUCGAACUGACAUCGAGCUGGAGAUCUACGGCAUGGAAGGCAUUCCCGAGAAGGACAUGCAGGAGCGGAGACGAGUUCUGGAGCAGAAAUCUCAAGAAGGCCAGAAGAAGAAACAGAACCAGGAUGACUCUGAUGAGGACGAUGAUGAAGACGAAGCCGGUCCGGCACCGUUUCAGCCCCCGCCCGUUGCCCAGCCGCAGAACGCCUACAUGCCCCCGGCUGGUUACUCGGGUAUGCCUCAUAUGAUGCCUGGUGUUCCUCCAAUGAUGCCUGGAAUGCCUGCAGUGAUGCCCGGGAUGCCACCUGGAAUGAUGCAGAUGGCAGGAAUGAUGCCCCCGGGGCCUGGAGUGCCCCUCAUGAUGGCAGGAAUGCCCCCUGGAAUGCCCCCUCACAUACCCCGGCCUGGGAUUCCCCCGAUGGCUCAGGUACCUUCACUAACAGCACCAGGUGUUCCACCCCGCCCAGCCGCACCCGUCGCCCCGCCCACUGCCUCCAAACCCCUCUUCCCCAGUGCUGCUCAGGCCCAGCAGCCGGUUCUCACUACUGCUGAUACUCCCAAAGCAACGUUCCCGGCCUACACCCAGCCUGCGACGUCUUCCUCUUCCACAUCCUCCACUUCCUCCUCCUCCGGUCCUGCUAGUAGCACUGCGGCUAAACCCAACCCCCCUGCAGUGUCCGCUAAACCCGCAGUCGUCUCCAGCUCCAGUGCUACCAGUAAGUUGAUGCAUCCUGAUGAGGAUAUCUCGCUGGAGGAAAGGCGAGCACAGCUGCCUAGGUAUCAGAGGUUGAUUCCUUCUCGUCCUGGGCCGCCUGUAGCUGCUGCGGCGCCCCCUUCUGGGGUAGUGGUGGGCUCCAUACCUCCACAGCAACCUCUCAUUAGACACCCCAUGCACGGUCAGUACGGCGCGCCCCCUCAGGGAAUGCCGGGGUAUAUGCCAGCAUACGGUCAGGUGCAGGUGCCUCAGUUCCAGGGCAUGAACCGGUUCUGACCCGUCCGCUCGGUGUGCCUCGUUUUCUGCUGUUUAUUUAGACGAUUCAAAGAAACAUGCAGACGAGAGACUCGUGACAACACGCAGGACACGCACUCUCUCUCACACACACACACACACACACACACACACACACAACUGAUUGUGGUUGUUUUUUUUUCUCCCUCGUUGUGUACAAACCUGUUAGAGUCCUAAUCAGAUGUUUAUCAGUUCACUGUGUGUGUUGAUCAGCGUGCAGCUUUUACAGCAGCAGCACGUGUGUGUGUGUGUGUGUGUGUGUGUGUGUGUUUGUGUUGUGAGUGUAGACAUGUGCUGAUAAUCAGCUCACAUAUUAUAUCUUCUAUAUCUUUACACACACCACAUUCUCGUACACACACACACACACACACUAGUGCUUUCUUUUUCUAUUAAUUAAAAUUAAACUUUUUUUUUAUUUUUUAUUAUUGUUUAACAUUCCAAUCUGAUUUUUUUUCCCCAGCAUAUGUCUAGUGUGUGUGUGUGUGUGUGUGUGUGUGUGAACAGUUUAUAGCUGUAUGUUCGGUUCUUUUUUAUUUUUUUGAAACGUGGAGUAAUAAACUUCUAUUUCUCUCCUGGA